GGGUCUGGGUCUGGGGUCUGGGGUCUGGGGCUGGGGUCUGGGUCAUGGCUUGGCCAUGCAUCAGCAGGGUGUGCUGCUUAUCUCGCUUUUGGAACCAACUGGACAAGUCUGACCUGUCGGUGCCAUUGACUGUCCAGAACUAUUCGGAAAUCAUUGAGCAGGAGGUGAGAUCGGUGGCUCAGCAGGUCCCCACCGACUCGGCACUGAACGGCAGCCCGGCUCUGGCCUCAGAUCACAGGAUUGGAGAACCUCCCGUUCAGGAGUCCGUCUCCAAGCACGACUUCAAGUCUUGGAAGGUGCGUAAAGAGGCGAGUUGCAAACCCAGACAGGAGUAUCAGCCGUCAGAGGUCCCCUUCUCCAGCGAGACCCAGUACAAGCUGGACUUCAAGCCCUGGCCCAUCCCCAAAAAGGCAAAUUACCCCUGGAUCAAAGGCGGGCAGGACGGGCUGUCCAUCUCCCACAGCACCAGCGCUCAGACUUUCCACCCCGGGACACAUGGAGAUAAGCAGAGAGCAGCUGAGAGGCGGGACAGCCCGAGAGAGCCGGUGAGCAGACACACCAGAGAGGAGGAGAUCAGACCAGCGGUGAAAACCACCUCCUACAGGCAGGAGUUCCAGCCCUGGACUGGAGUUAAAGUUGUUAAACCUGUCAAGAUAAGACAAGCAUACACACCCCCAGAAGAUAAGAUCAUCUUGGAGAGCAGUUAUAGAGCAGCCUUCACAGAGGAUUCAUUCAGACGUGUGGAACCAUUCCAGGUCUCAUCAAGCAGAUCUCAGAACCAAAUAGCUUCAGUUGCAGAGACUGGCAACUUAACAAAGACAGAGAACUCAGAACCAGUUGUGAAGACCAAGCUUUCGCCAUCAUCGAACUCCUCAGCUGUAUUCCAGACCAGGUCACGUGUGCUGAAUAUCUAAAGCCCUGCACAGCUUUCCCUUUAAGGACCUGGGUUUCACACUUCAGGCAGCUGCUAUCCUAUUCAACCCAAGCAACAACACACUAUGCAAAAAUGAUGAGCAUCAAAGAGUGGAAGGACAAUGGUGACUGGCAGAUGGCUUUUUAUGACUGCCUGAUUAAUAUUUCAUGUUUUACAGUGAAUUACAAAAUUGAAGGGGACUUACGUUGAACAAGCGAUUAAUGUGUUUGUGUUAUGUGCAUGUGAACAAAAUAAGAUUGGUUAUCUACAAAACUGAGACUUGGAUGAUAAGCAAUAAGCCAGAAAAUAAAACCUCUGGGUGGAUUUUUCGAACACUGCCACCGUGUCUCCUUACCAAGUGAAUUGGCAGGUGGAACUACUGGUUAAAGUGGUAAAAUGCUCCCCAAUUCAAAGCACUGUGCAAAAAGGAGACACUGUUAUAGGUUGCACACACCUGCUGACCUCAAUUGCUCUGUCCAAGGUCUAUUAAAUGUCUCUAAAGUUCUGUUUCCCACACAUUUUUCAUAUUUGCAUUUCUUGCUCAUUCCUACCAGGCAUGAGAGUUGCAACUAGUUAAUUCAAGAAGCAGCUUAAGGUGAUCAAUAAUAAAAAUCUGAAAAUAAAACUGAGAAUGAGACAGAUGGGUUAAGGCAUCAGGAUUGCCAUUCAUCAUAGCUGCCAUUCACUGGCAGUGAAGUCUAUUCCACCUGAGUUGUUAAUGCUGCUUAAACUCUCCACCUCCAAUUGGUGGAACCAUUGCACUGGGUGACAGUCUAUUCUGAACAAGUUUCCAUUCACUGCCCUGGGUGCCAUUUGAAUCCCCAUUUGCCAUGCUGGAUGCUGUAUAUUUCGAAACCUCUCAUUCACUAUACUGGUGCUGUCUAUUCUUCGUGCCCAUUCAUUGGACUGUGUGCAGUCUAUCCUAAUCUAGUCCCGAUACACUGUUUUGGGAGCUGUCUAUUCUAACCAAGCCCCCAUUUACUGUUUCACCAGCUGGGAUCCCUGCACAAGCCAGUGAUGAAAAAAGGUCUCAGAGUGGGACCCAAUGAUGAGAUUCAGAUCUCCAACUGCUAUAGCUACAAAAUAGAACCCAAAGGUAUUGCCCUUAGACUGUCGGUUUGCAAAGCUAUCCUUUAUUGUGUGACUGUGCUGGGUUUGCAAGUUAAACAGGAUAGAACUAGCAUGGAAUAGGACAGGAUAGCAAUGUGUAUUAGGAAGCUAGUACAAUGAAUAAACUACCCUUGUUUAUACCUGUA